AUGAGACCCAACUCGAGUCCGCCGCAGGAAGCUGAGCACGUACGCCACCAGUCGCUGACGCCAGAGAGUCCGCGCCCGCAAAACGUCCCGUCGCCCGCCAACAUCCCCAUCCUGGUGGAGCACAUGGAUGCGACUUACAAUGACCUCUCACACAGCAACGGCUCCUCCUCGACGCCCGCCUCGCACUAUGCCCACCACGCCCACCAGCUCCCCCCGUCCGCCACCGCGCCCGCGCCUUACUUUGCCGACCAGUCGUCGACAGCCGCCUACCAACACCUAGCAGCUGCCGCCGCCGCCGCCGCCGCAGCUGCACCAGGGGGUGGAGAGGAUGCGCCGGCAGGUUAUGGCCAGUCGACUGCCUACAGCAGCAGCAACAACAACAUGGGUACGCAGGCGCAUGGUACCUCUUCAAUGCAGAAUUUCACCUCGCAGCAUCCGUCGCACGCUGCCUCGGCCGCUGAUGCGCCCCAGGCGCAAGGCCAAGACCUUCACUCUGCGUACCCAUACUCCCAUGACAGUGCCUAUGCCGCUCAGCAAGCGCCUCCCCAGUCAGCCCAAGGCGCUCCCUACCAGACUGAAGCGCACCUUGGGCACAAUGUUGACGUUCAAGCCCUGUUGGAUUCUCUGACGCCUGCUGCCUCCCAAAUGCCUCUCCAGCCUGCGCAGCCGCAGCACAAUGCCUCAUCGUUGCCAUCGGCCACCAAUCUGCCUGCUCGGCCCCCCACGCAAGAAAAGCCCGCUACGCACCCCAAUUAUGAUCCCAACGAUGAUAUCAGAUCCUAUCAUCCGCAGAACCAGAGAGCGCCCAAUACACAGCAGCGAGGCAAUGGUUCCCUCCAGCCCUUGAAUGUCCAGAACCAGGACUUUUCCAGCAUGCCAGCUCAAAGCCCAACUGCGCCUGGCCAAGCUCAGCCACAACAAAAGCAGCAGCAGCAGCCGCCAAUUGACCGCAGCGAAACGCCUGAUGAUGAGGACCAGCGAUGGCCGCCCGAAGUGAACCGGAGAUACGAAGAAUUUCUGGACCAAGAAAGGAAGUUUGUGACCGAAGGCCAGUGGGAUCAGUUUCCCAUGGGCUCUCGUCUUUUCAUAGGCAAUCUUCCCACUGAAAAAGUCACCAAGCGCGACAUUUUUCAUCGGUUUUACCGCCACGGCCGCCUUGCCCAAAUCUCAAUCAAACAGGCAUAUGGUUUUGUACAAUUCCUGGACGCUGAGUCAUGCCGCAGAGCGCUAGAUACAGAGCAAGGACAGGCUGUACGCGGAAGAAAAAUGCAUCUUGAAAUUUCCAAGCCCCAGCGAAACACGAAGAAAGCCGACCCGCCGAUCUCCGCUGCGCGCCGACGCUCGCGCUCGCCCGACUAUACCAGGGGUGGCACAGGGCCGUCGGCUAGGGACAACCGCUACGGCGGUCACCCGAAUUCCAUGUCUCCUCGCGAUAGAGAUCGACGAUUCCGUGAUCGGGAUGACUACCGACCCAUGCGAUCGCCCUCACCCCGGGCUCCGGUUCGGGGCAUCAGGUCACGGGACAGGAGCCGCGACAGGUUCGAUGCGCGGUACCGCAGCAGAUCAAGGACUCCUCCUCGUCGCCACCGCAGUCCGUCUCCGCGUCGAGACUACACAGAAGAUGGGCUGGACCUCCGCCGUCGGCUGCCUCAUGAAGUACCCGAUAUCCAGAUCCUUGUGCUCAACGAGGGUCUGCCUCGGGACUUUAUUCGCUACGUCGAGGACACUUUCCGCUCGCAGAGUCUCCGAAGCAAUGUUCUCAUACUCAGCGGCCGUUUCCCUGAGCCCGCCGUGGUGAGGAGACAGAUUCUAGAGGGCGUUUUGGCCAUUGUGAGGCUUGACACUACAGGUUUGACCAAGGGCAAAGUCAGCGUCCAGAUUUUCGAUCGACGAGCGGGUGCUAACAAUGUCCAAUUCAACGAAUAUGCCGACCUGGACCCAACAACAGCCGGCCUUUUGGUGAACAAUGCCAAGCAGAACCAGUCCCGUUCUAACAUGCCAUCGUCGACCUCGUACUUUGGUCAAAACAUGCCGCCUCAUUUCCCCCAGCCACCCACCACAUUCCCACCUCUACCUGCCAGCCAACCCAACAUCUCCAAUUUGAUUGCCUCUCUGGACGGCGCUAGUCUGUCGCAGUUGCUUGGCGCAAUGUCUGGAAAUAACAUGACGCAGAACACGCAACCCCCUUCCAAUCCGGGGCUGAAUGCAGAUCUUGCACGGCUGCUUGCACAGGUGCCUAGCCCAGCUCAAACGCCAGGUUUUGGAUCCACGCCUCAGCCGCAUCUCGCACAGUUGAACAGCCAGUUUCCUGCGCUCGCCUCCCUGCUUGCCAACCAGAACCAAACGGUUGCUCCACCAGUUCAGACUCCGACGCAGCCUGGCCCUGCGCCGGACAUGAACGAGAUCAUGGCCCAGCUUGCCCAGUACCAGCGCUGAAGAAACCAUUCUCGGAUGGGAAAAAAAAGAACACUUAGAUACACAGGACGACGGUCUCGAACGUCACCCCAAAAAUCCCCGACAUUGCUACCCAUUACCCUUGUCUUGUGUACCGCCCC